CCUUCUAAAACUUUGGCAGGACACUUUCCAUGGAAAUUCAAUUCAUGAUUUGCCUCACAGAGACAGGAUGUGACAGGGACUUCCUCACUUUGUUCUCUCCAUCUCGAUUUCUAUAGCAAAGGACAGAGCAAGCAUUGUGUGUCUUAAGGUGGAAGGUGGGCGGAUAAUUCUGUCACAGACGAGCUGGCCCCUCUGUGACAGAGCUGACUCGACUGUCAGCCUGUGUCUAGGGGAUCUUAGCAUCUGAGACCAAGACACUUACAACAGUUGUCUCCUUUGCAGGGGAGUUGAGAUCACCAGGACUCAUCUGCCAUUUCAGACCCUUCGCUGCUACCUGUCAGGUGGCCCCACUGCUGAGGAGAUGGUGGAUUUCCCAGUCUCCCUGGACUCGUCCCAGCGAGCACCUCUGCCCAGCAGCCUCUUCUUCCUCACCAACCUCCUCCUUCUCCUCCAGCCUGGGGAGCUGAACUCAGAGGCGCUCGACGAGGAGGUCAAGGUGGUAGGCCCCGAGGAAUCCAUCCUGGCGCUUGUCGGGGAGGAGGUGGAGUUCUCGUGCCACCUGUCGCCGUACCUGGACGCCCAGCACAUGGAGAUCCGCUGGUUCCGGAGCGGCCCCUCCGACGUGGUGCACCUGUACCAGGACGGGCAGGAGCUCCACGAUCGGCAGAUGGCGCAGUUCCAGAACAGGACCCAACUCGUCACGGACGAGAUCGCCGAUGGCAGCGUGAUCCUGCAGCUCCGCGGCGUCGUCCCCGCAGACCAGGGCCCAUAUGGGUGCCAGUUCUUCUCCAGCGACUUCUCUGGGGUAGCGGUCUGGGAGCUGGAGGUAGCAGGGCUGGGCUCAGACCCUCAUAUCUCCCUUGAGGGCUUCAAGGAGGGAGGCAUUCAGCUGAGGUGCAGCUCCAGUGGCUGGUACCCCAAGCCCAAGGCUCAAUGGAGAGACCAUCAAGGACAGUGCCUGCCUCCAGAGACGGAAGCCAUCAUCCAGGACGCCCAGGGCAUGUUCAGUCUGGAAACAUAUGUGGUCGUCCGAGAGGGGGCCCACAGCAACGUGUCCUGCUCCAUCCAGAACCCCCUCCUGAUCCAGAAGAAAGAGUUCGUGGUCCAGAUAGCAGACGUAUUUUUACCCGGAACCUCCCCCUGGAAGAGAGCUUUCCUCGGGACUCUGGUGGCGCUGCCGCUCCUCCCGGCUCUCCUCACGGCGCUGGCGCUGCACCUCUCUCGCAAGCAGCGGAGGGCCCGAGAAAAGCUGAAGGAGCAGGCGGAGAAGGACAAAGGGAAACUCACAGCGGAACUGGGGAAGCUUCAGACAGAACUUGACUGGAGAAGAGCUGAAGGCCAGGCCGAGUGGAGAGCAGCCCAACAAUAUGCAGUGGACGUGACCCUGGAUCCAGCCUCGGCGCAUCCCAGCCUGGAGGUCUCGGAGGAUGGCAAGAGCGUGUCCUCCCGCGCGGCGGCCCCCGGCCUGGCCGCUGAGCCGGGCGGUCUGCAGCGGUUCUCGGAGCAGACGUGCGUGCUAAGCCGUGAGCGCUUCUCUGCCGGCCGCCACUACUGGGAGGUGCACGUGGGCCGGCGCAGCCGCUGGUUCCUGGGCGCGUGUCUGGCCGCAGUGCCGCGCGCAGGGCCGGCGCGCCUGAGUCCGGCCAGCGGCUACUGGGUGAUGGGGCUGUGGAACCGCUGCGAGUACUUUGUCCUGGACCCGCACCGCGUCGCGCUCACCCUGCGCGUGCCGCCCCGGCGCGUGGGUGUCUUCCUGGACUGCGAGGUGGGACGGCUCUCCUUCUUCAAUGUGUCCGACAGCUCCCACAUCUUCACCUUCACAGACAGCUUCUCGGGCUCGCUCUGCGCGUAUUUCAGGCCCAGAGGUCACGAUGGCGGUGAACACGCGGAUCCCCUCACCAUCUGCCCGUUGCCGGUUAGAGGGAUACGCGUCCCAGAAGAGGACGACAGUGACACGUGGUUACAGCCCUAUGAGCCCUCAGACCCCGCCCUGGGGCUGUGGUGAAGCGCUCUCGCGGCCGCAGGGCUGGGUCCUGGGCAGCUUCCUGGACGCCCUGCCAGCGCUUGGCUCUCCCGCUUUGUCUAGAGUGACCUAGUGCACGACCCGAGUGUCCCGCCAAAAUGACAGCAAAAGCUAAAGACUUCAGCGCAGCAGGGGGGCAGAGGCGCCUGUGCGCAUGUCGACGUGUGUGUGUGUGUGUGUGUGUGUGUGUGUGUGACCUUCUUUAAGAAAAAGAGGCAGUUCCAAGGCUUGUUUGUGUGUAUUGUAGGAAUGAACAAUAGAGUAAAAAUAGAUUGAUGUUGCCAGGAGCCGGGGUGUUCCUGUGGAAGAUGGAGAAGGAAACUGGAAUGGGGGGAAAAGGGAGAAACCUGAUUGGAUUGGAUUAGAGGUAUCAGUUAAUUUGUAUAUUUUUUGUAUAUAUUUUCUAGCUCUACAAACAUCUAGAAGCAAUGUCACUUCUUAAGCAGUGAGUUCAUUCUAGGGCUCAGAUCCUAGUCUUAAAUGUCAGUCCCCACUAAAAUGAACUUGGAGAAAGCUGAUCCCGGGGCUGGGGCAGAGAAAGCACGGUGUGCAUCUGGAGCAUCUUGUGCCAGAAAGUACAGAUGUGCUCAUAACUGAUGGGGUCUAGCAAGAGGACAGAGAGGCUGGGCUGAAGAGGCUCCAACUCAUCAAUUGUGGGGCAAUCUGAACAUUAAAGUAAAGAAUGACAAGAAUUGCUCAACAAGCAAAUAAAAUUCACCAAGUGUGCUGAGAGUCAAGUUUCUCUGUCAGAGAAAGGAAAUUACAAAAAAUACAGACAGAGGAAAGGAGAGAAUGAAAGAAUAACUCUGUGACCUUGUGGUUUUUACUUUGUAUAGAUAGAUGGAACACACACAUGAUAGAUAGCUAGAUGAUUGAUAGGUAGAUAGAUGGUGCAUGAUAGAUAAAUAGAUAGAUAGGGAGUUGGAUAUGUGUGCAUACAGAUGAUUCCUAGCUCUAGCUGCUUUGAGAGCUUAGAAACAAUACCCCUGUACCAAUGAACACUCCUAGCACCCAGAACUUGGUUUUUAGUAGUAUUUUCCACUGAAAGGAACCAAGGCUCCUUACGGAAAUGAAGGACUCCAGGGCUGGGUCAGAGAAAAGAUGGGUGUGAUAUUCUCAUUUAUAAGAAGAAAUGUAUAUUUCGUCUUCAACCUAAGUUCUGGAACAGAGCUCCCAAAACCCUUGGAAUUUCCUAUGUGAUAAGGGUGUCUUUUCAUAUUCAUAACAAGCCCCUUUCAACCACACCUGAGUCUAAAUUAAUGCCAUAACUUCUGAAAAGUCCCUAAGGAUGGGGCUGGUUGCCAGGGGAAGCAACCAUGUGAUUAGAGGGUUGUAAUUUAGCCCCACCCCCCUCCCCUGGAGGGGUGAGGGGCUGGAGAUGGAGUUCAAUCUCUGAUGGCCAAUGAUUUAAUCAGUCAUGCCUAUGUAAUAAGGCCUCCGUAAAACCCAAAAGAAGUGGGUUAGAGGAGGUUCCAGGUUGGUGACCACUUGGAGAUGCAGGGAGAGUGGCAUUUGGAGAGAGUAGGGAAGCUCUGCACCCCAUCCCACAUGCCUAGCCCUAUGCAUCUCUUCCAUCUGGCUGUUCCUGAGUUAUAUCCUUUUAUAAUAAACCAGUACUAUAGUAAGUAAACUGUUUCUAUGAGUUCUGUGAGCUGCUCUAGCAAAUUAAUUGAACCCAAGGAGUGGAUUGUGGAAACCUCUGAUUUAUCGUGCAUUGGUCAAAAGCACAGGUAACAACCUGGACUUGCAGUUGGUGUGUGAAGUGAGGGCAAUCUUGUAGGACUGAGCCCUUCACCUGUUGGAUCUGACACUAUCUCUAGGUAGAUGGUGUCAGAAUUGAGUUAAUAGCUUGGUGGUGUUGAAAAGAACAUACCGGAAUGAGUCUCCAACAUCCUCUACCAGAAAGUAAGGAAAUGUUCAAGGAAUGAUGGGGAGAUGUCAAUUGUACAGAAAAGUCAGCUUUAUAGGACUCCCACUGGCCAAAUUUGAACAUCAAAUAAUUAAUGGUGGUUACAGAUUAAGGAAAAUAGGAAUCCAAGAGUAUCUACAUCUACACUGAUAUACAUAAAUAAAUGAAUGAAUAAAUGAAGGAGAAGAGAAAGCUCUACCCUACAAUAGAGGUCUGAAAUAUUUCCCCACAAAAUACUAAUUACUUACUUAUUAAUUUAGAAGUACAAAACACUUAUCAAUCAACUUUAUAGUGGAGGGGUCUGGCAGGCACCAUAUUAACCAAGUGACGAAAGUUAAUAUUACCAGAUAUGACAUAAAUUUACACUACGUGCCUCCUGAUACAAUGCGGUGAAAAAAACACAGCAGCAUCACUUUUGAGGUAUUCCUGCCCCCAACAUUCAUAAAUCAUGAGGAAACAUCAGACAAACUGGCUGAUACUCUUCAAAAAUGUCAAGGUCAUAGAAAACAAAGGCAAGGUUAAGGAAUUAUUUCAGAUUGAAGGAGACGAAAGAGUAAACACAACAGGUGAUGGUAAACACAACAGGUGACCCUGGGUGGGACCCUAGACCUAUAGAAGACAUUAUUUGGAGAAAAAGAGACAUUUUAAAAAAUGGCUGUGGAUCAGAUAGUAAUAUUGGACAAAUGUUAACUUCCUGAUUUUGAUGUAGGAGAAUGCCCUUGUUUUAAGAAAAUACACUCUUAAGGAGUAAUGGGCUGGCCCGGUGCUGCAAUGGUUAAGUGCGCACGCUCCGCUUCGGUGGCCCAAGGUUUGCAGGUUAGGAUCCUGGGCGCGCACUGGCGCACUGCUUGUCAAGCCAUGCUGUGUGGGCGUCCCAUAUAAAGUGGAGGAGGAUGGGCACAGAUGUUAGCCCGGGGCAAUCUUCCUCAGCAAAAACAGGAGGAUUGGCAACAGAUGUUAUCUCAGGACUGAUCUUCCUCACACACACACACAAAAAGUAUUAAGGAGUAAUGGGACCUGAUGUUUGUAACUUAUUCUCAAAUGGUUCAUUCCAAAAUAUAGUAAUAUAUAAAGAGAAUGAUAAAGGAAUGCAGUGGUGUCUGGAAAAUGUUUAAUAACUGCCUGUCUGGGGAAAAAAGUCUGUAGCAUUUGCUGAUUUCCGUGGUGUAAGUAGUCCCACCGUGGCUGACCUCUGGCUGCCAAUGUGACAUUGCUAGUGGAGUUGGAAGGAGAUGCAGAUGGUUGGCUCUCGGAAGACACCAGCUCCCACACAGGACUGGUUUUAUACAAUUCCAAACAGGGCAUUGGGCCAUCUGUUGUCAUUUGUUUCUCUAACAAAUCAAAUAAGUGCAUUUUUGAACUUAGGAAAAUAUGCUCGGCCACCUGUUAUGAUAAAAUUAUAGCCUUAUUAACAUAUUGUGUAUGAUAUUCAGAAAAAUGAAGUUUCAUUUUCUGUAAUGAUUUACAUUAGUUUGCAAAUAUUUUGGGAUCCUACUCACAAAUGUUUUUGUGAUAACAUUAAAGAUAUGUUCCUUGAC